AUGGUUCCCCCUCCAGGAAUCUGUUUCCACCUGAGUGGUACAGUAACCGAGCCAGCCACUGCUUCUGAACCAGCAAUGACUUACAAAGUUGCAAUCAGUUUUGAUCGAUGCAAAAUCACUUCAGUGACAUGUGGCUGUGGAAAUAAGGACAUAUUCUACCGUGCACAUGUGGUAGCACUAUCACUGUACAGAAUCCGUAAACCAGACCAAGUCAAAUUACGUCUUCCUAUCUCAGAAACUCUUUUCCAGAUGAACAGGGACCAGCUACAGAAGUUUAUUCAAUAUUUAAUCACAGCACACCACACCGAAGUUCUUCCUACUGCACAGAAACUGGCAGAUGAGAUUCUUUGCUCCAACUCAGAAAUCAACCAAGUGAAUGGUGCCCCUGACCCAACAGCAGGGGCAAGCAUUGAUGAUGAGAACUGUUGGCAUUUGGAUGAAGAACAGGUGAAAGAACAAGUGAAGCUCUUUCUCUCCCAGGGGGGCUACUAUGGCUCUGGAAAGCAACUCAACUCAAUGUUUGCCAAGACAGGAUGGCUUCCCUGGAAACUGAGUGCUGCUCCAGAAAUCCACUGGGCAUUCGUGAGCAUUGCUCCCUCGCUGCUGUCAGCAGAGGCUGAGAGGGAAACGUGUACUCUGCGCUGUCGUGAGAGCAGCAGUGACCCUCCCUACUGGACUCUGCUGUGCGGGCUCAAGCCAAAGUUACCUAAGCCAAAAGUUUAA